AUGAGAUUUUUCAGCUCAGUGAAGCUGGUCUCAGUGGUUACUGGGACUCUGGUAGGGUGUGGUGGAGGCUGGGUUUUAAGGGCAUUAGUGCCACAGAAUGGCCAGGCAGAGUGCCAGUGCACAGUGCAGGUGAAACUGGAGUUGGGCCACAGAGCUCAGCUGAGGAAGAAAGUAACAUCAGAGGGCUUCACUCACGACUGGAUGGUUUUUGUCCGAGGGCCAGAGAAUGGCGACAUCCAGCACUUUGUAGAUAAAGUUGUCUUCCGACUACAUGAGAGCUUCCCCAAACCCAAGAGAGUGUGCAAGGAGCCUCCAUACAAAGUGGAGGAGUCGGGAUACGCAGGCUUCCUGAUGCUGAUUGAAGUUUACUUCAAGAACAAGGAAGAGCCAAAAAAGGUGUGUUUCAACUACGACUUGUUUCUGAAUUUGGAGGGCAACCCUCCUGUUAACCAUCUGCGCUGCGAGAAGCUCACCUUCAACAACCCCACCAAAGAUUUCAGGAAAAAGCUGAUCAAAGCUGGAGGGGUAAUGGUGGUUCCAGAGGUGGCUGAAGCAGUGUCGAGGCCCAGUCCAGACUAUCCAAUCCUCCCCACCAUCCCCCUCUCAGCCUUCUCAGAUCCCAAGAAAACCAAGACCUCUCAUGUGUCAAAGGAAGCCAGCAAAGAAGGAGGUAGUGGCAGCAGCAAAGGACCCAAACCGCACAAGAUGACCAAGGAGCACCGUGAAAGACCCCGAAAAGACUCAGAAAGCAAAUCCACAUCAAAAGGGGACAAUGACAGAGAAGGAAGCAGCAAGAAUGCACGUGACUCUUCCUCAUCUUCAAAAAAGCCAUCAGACAUCAAAGUUAAAGAUGAUGUAAAAGUCAUGCCCAAGGCAGCCUUCAAGGAGCCCAAACUCACCCUGAAGGAGUCAAAGAUGGAGGGUAUGUCUCCUAAAGGAGGGGGGGCUGGAAGUGGAGGGGGCGGUGGUGGAGGUGGGGGAGGAGGAGGCUCUGCAGAUUCCAAAGCCCCCAGCAAAAGACCUUCUACUGUGGAGUCCCCCAAACCCAGUGCGAAGAAGCAGAAAAAAGGCAGCUCCGAGGGACCUAAAGGCGGUGCUUUCACGGGGUCCCCUCGUGUAUCGUCGUCAUCUGCUGCCAGUCAACCUUACACAGACAAGAAACACUCCAAGGAAAAAGGUCGCUGGGCCAAAGGUAAAAAUGACACACAGGAUGUGAAAGAACCCAAAAAACUUCACGAAUCUGAAGAGUCGAAUUCAGAGGAUGAAGCAUCUUCGAAAUCUGAGCAAUCAGCUCCAUCCAGUCCUUCAAACUCAAGUUCUAGCUCCGACUCGAGCUCCGACUCUGACUUUGAGCCCGGACAGAAACCAGGACAAGGUCCCCUGCGAUCCAUGGUGGAGGAAAUCCAGUCAGAGGAGUCAGACGAUGAUGACAGCAGCUCCGAGGAGGGGACCCCUGUCAAGGCCAAUCCCCCCAAUCGCGACUCUCGAUUGAGCCUGGACAGCGAGAGUGACAGCAGUGACUGUUCGCACCGCCCCAGUCGAGACCCUGCACCACCCCCACAGAAACACAGCUCUUCCAAUAAUAAAGUGUCUGGCAGAAAGAGUCCAGACUCCUCGUUCCGUUCUGAGAAGAUGUUGAAGAAGGGAUACGACAAGGUAGGAAGGGCCUACACCGAAGAAUUAGUAGACCUCCACCGCAGACUGAUGGCUUUAAGGGAGAGGAAUGUCCUACAGCAGAUCGUCAACCUAAUUGAGGAGACGGGCCACUUCAAUGUGACCAAUACCACCUUUGACUUUGACCUCUUUUCACUGGACGAGUCCACUGUUCGCAAACUACAGAGCUACCUGGAAGCGACAGCCACGUGA